AUGGGAGCUCUAAUAUCCAGACUCUGGUUCCUCAUGUUCCCGGCGAAGGAGUAUAAGAUUGUGGUUGUCGGUUUGGACAACGCUGGUAAGACGACAACGCUUUACAAGCUACAUCUGGGCGAGGUCGUGGUGACACAACCUACGGUCGGGAGUAACGUGGAGGAACUCGUCUAUAAAAACAUACGAUUCGAGGUAUGGGAUCUAGGAGGGCAAGAGCGACUACGACCAUCCUGGGCCACCUACUACAGAGGAACACACGCAGUGGUGAUGGUAGUUGACUCUACAGACCGAGGCCGCAUUGGCGUGACCAAGGAUGAGCUGUUUCGCUUGCUGGGGCAUGAAGAUUUAGCUCAUGCGGUCAUUCUCGUCUUUGCCAACAAGCAGGACCUGAAGGAGGCCAUGACGCCAGCAGAAAUAAGUGAAGCUCUGGCUCUUCAUCUUAUCAAGAAUCACGACUGGCAUAUUCAGGCAUGCUGUGCACUAACAGGGGAGGGCCUCGCAGCCAUGUCGCAUCCUUUCACACCUGGGAGGCCUAACAAGGCCCGAGCGGCCCUCCCGCCGAAAUCUACUCCCACGGACCGCCUCAAGGCUGCUCGUCAGCGCUCGCUUCUACGCAGCGAAAUGGGCGUGCUGCGCUCCCGACAGAAGCGAAAUGCGUCACGCCCCUUCGCUUCCCCUGGCAGCGCGCUACCCUCCUCUUCCGCAGGGGCGUCCGGAUCGUCAGCCAUGAAGCGAUGGUUGCAGCAGGAGCGCGGUAGCGGCGGCAGGCGCGCGUUGAUCGCGGGGAGCUUAGGCGAAGAUGCGGGCAGCACGAUGGGCGACGACGCCCCAUGCUUGGCUGACGUGGACAUGGUCGACGGGGAGGAGGUCGAAAGAGGCGCGGGAGGUGCGGCGGAGGAGGGUAGCGGGGAGGGUCUUAACGAAGGCGCGAGGAAGCGACGACGACUGGACGGGCAACAGGAAGGAAACUCGGAGGGCAGUAACAGGAGGGACAGCAUUGUGCGGAGACUAUGGCCUGGCAGCGGCGGGGAGGAUCGGACGGGAGGUUCGGGAGAGGAAGGGGGGGGGGGGGGAGGGGGAGGGGGAGGGGAAGGUGGGGGGAGAGACAGGAACGUCAAGGGGGGCAGAGACGGUGCUACAACGGCGUCCGCAAUGAUCGAGCACUCGGAGCUUAGGACCGAAACUGAACACGAUUAUAGCGCGGAUUGGGGCUUGGUGAAGGUGGAUGACCCGCUGGAAGCCACUCCCGCGAACGAUUUGCAGCUGGUUCUUCUAAACCCGCGCGAGGCUCGGCGCGCAGGGAUGGUGGAGGAAGACGCGCGGCGGUGGUUGGCGGAGCUGAAGCGGACGGAGCGGAGACUGCCGGCCGCGCUUCGGCACCGACCCCAGGAGAUGCUGGAGUGGGUCGCGGAGCGGCACGGGGCCGGCGGACAGGUCGGGUCGCUGGCGUAUUUCCGGCGGCGGCUGCGCAUGUGGCGGUUCUUGGAGUUUCUGAGCGAUUAUCCCGCGGAGGCGAGAGGGGUGGAGUGCGUUGAGGCGUGGUGUCAGGCGAUGGCGCGGCAGGAGGAGGAGGAGCAGGGACGCAUGCUGGGAUCGUGGGAGAGCGACGAAGAGGCCGGGGAUGAAGAGGAAUUGGAUGACUAUGAUUGGCGGGAUGAGGACAAGGAGGAAGAGGCGGAGGAGGAAGACGAGGAGAGGGAGAAGGGGGAGGGUAACGAGGGAGAAGAGGAGGAGAGUGAGGAGGAGAGUGAGGAGGAGAGUGAGGAGGAGAGUGAGGAGGAGAGUGAGGAGGAGAGUGAGGAGGAGAGUGAGGAGGAGAGUGAGGAGGAGAGUGAGGAGGAGAGUGAGGAGGAGAGUGAGGAGGAGAGUGAGGAGGAGAGUGAGGAGGAGAGUGAGGAGGAGAGUGAGGAGGAGAGUGAGGAGGAGAGUGAGGAGGAGAGUGAGGAGGAGAGUGAGGAGGAGAGUGAGGAGGAGAGUGAGGAGGAGAGUGAGGAGGAGCAGCAUGGAGCAGGGGAAGGAGGAGAGGAUGUGGAAGGGGAAGCGGAGGAGAGGAGGGAGAGUGGGGGAAGUCGGGAGGGGGAGGGUGCACCGAUGGAACCGAAUGGUAGGAGUGGUGCUGGCACCAGGGGCGGCAAGCCCCGAUACAGAAACCGCGCAGGCGCUCAGGGCGGUGGCGCCAGACGCGGGAGCGCUGCCUGCGGCGGCGGCGGCGGCAGCGGCGGAGGCAGAGGGGAAGGAGGAGGCGGGGUGCCGUGGUGGGUGGCGUGGCACGGGCAGCUCGCGCACCCGGCGGUGGCGUCGCGGCGGCGGCUGCUCACGCGCGACCUGGAGUGCCAGUUCGCGUCGCGCGGCCCUUCGGGGCGGUACAGCGAGCUGCCGACGUACUUCCGGUCCGUGGAGGGCGGCGAGCGCAGGCAGCUCGCGAUCCCGCUCUCGCGCAUGCUGCAGCAGCAGCGCCAGCUCGCGCUGCUCCGCGAGAGGGACGCGCAGGGGCGGGGCGAGGACGCGGGAUGGUCGCAGGCGCUGGUGGUGGCAGGCGAGGGGGGAGGAACAGGCGCAGGGGGAGGCGGUGGGCGGAUGGGAUCGGGGCGGAAAGGGGCGGGACGGGGAGGGCGGAGUAGCAAAGCAGCGGAAGAGGCUCGGAUGUUUGCCCCGGUGCCAGUGUCAGCAGACGAGGUGGUCUGCAACGCGCCUGGGUGCCAGUGGGGUGUGCCGGUGGUGGCUCAGACAUGGUUGAAAUGCGAGAAGCACUGGGACAAGGUGCAUGGUGGCGGGGAGAGUGGCAUGGGCGUGGUGCAGACGAGGAGAGAGGUGCUGGCGGAGAAGCUGGUGGAUGCUCGCACGGAAUGGGAGUGGGCCACACACGAGAGCAGAGACCACGUGCGGCUGCUGACGGGCAUACAGCAGGUGGCAUCGGAGCGAGUGGCGCUGCUGGGUCGUGUGGACGCGCGGGCAGCCUCAGCGCUCAUAGGCCUGCUGGACCCAAGCCAGCUGAGAGAGAUAGCCUCGGCCGUGCUCUCGUACACCACGCAGCGCUUGCAAGGCCGUGCUCCGGAACACACGGCAGCAGCACCAGCCUCCGAUGCAGGAGCAGCAGCUGCUGCUGCUGUUGCUGCAGCAGCCCCCCCAGGUGCUCCAGCACAUGGCGUUGGUCCUCGGGCGAAUGGACGAGGAGGACAGCAUGGUGAUGGUGUAGCAAGGCCGGGUGGUCCUUCUCUCCCCAGUGGCAGUGGCUUGCGCGCAGGAGUGCGUGCGAGGAAGUAG